AUGCAUUCCUCUGUUCUAACCUUCAUUACUCUUCUUAUCACCAGCUCUGUCUCGGCUUUUUCGAUUCCCAGCUUCUCUAACGUGGAGCGGAGACAUGAGACACAAAGCGUGGUCCCAUUUGCCAUUUAUAUUCAGCAAAGUCUUGGGGAACCAGAGGUACCAAUCACUAGCCAACGCCAUAGAUUUCAGUGUGAAAAAAAGUCAUACAGCGGAGUCAAGGUUCAGGAUGCGUUGCAAAGAGGCUGCAGAGUGUUCAGGGAGAAUAAACAACGCAGGAGUUUCCCCCAGCAGUUCACUGCCUUCAAAUACCAAGGCAUGACUACCCUUAACGAGUGGCCUUUGCAAUGGACCCACAGUUACCAAAUAUUUUUCCCGGGCAAAAGACGAGUUAUCUUUGACAAUGAAUGUAAAUUAGCUGGAUUAGUGGUUCGUGAAAAGGAUGGUACCUACAAACCCUGCACACCUAUAAACGCAUGA